CCGUGGCUGUCCCAGUUCCUCGCAGCGGCAUCGCGCGGGUGCGGCGGAACUUUCGACACACACUCGGCCAGCGCGGUGUCCGCAGCGGCCCACGGAGUCGGAAAGCUCGGGCUCGGCCCGCUACGAGACGGCGUACGCGCUAAGCGCUGCCAGGUCGGCAGCAUGGCCUGACUUUGGACCAGUGGUCUGUGAGCGAGUGUCAACCCGUGCUUGACGUCUUCGCCCCAGGACGCCAGCCGCUCGGGUCUCGUCACGCAACCGCCGCGAGGCGCUCGUCCGGCGGCCGCCAUGUCUAGCUCAACGUACGCCUACUACCAGGAGGAGCCGCGGACGCCCAAGCGCUACUUCAACCUGGGCGUGCUGUCCUGCUGCCUCGGCGGACUGCUGUUCAGCGCGGGCAUCAUCCUGGUUGUGCUCGGCUCGUCGCCACAGGAGCCCGAGGCCCUGUGGAUCGCCGGCAUCGUGCUGCUGCUCGCCGGAGGACUGCUCUUCUUCCUCGGCAUCGGCUCCGUGGGCCUCUACCUGGCCAGGGAGGACCGGCGGAAGCGCGAGGCGGCCCGGGCGCGCACGCGGAACUACACCUCCAGCUUGCGCUCCAGCGACAUGGUGCUCGUCGAGUGAAGGGCGACUCGAACUGCAGCGGCCCUUCGGAAGGCCGCGGUUUUGCAUGCUCGCCCAACCGAGGGUGAUGCCAGUCUUGGGAACGGUGGCAGUCUGUUAACGCGCCAGUGUGUGUUGCCGGCUCUCGCAAAGAAGACACUGGGCGGCACACAAACACACUGUCGGAGUUAUCCCGGAAUGCGUCGCGUUUCGACUAUACAGGCCCCGCUGUCAAGCCUAUACGUCCUGUUACAAAAGAAGGAGACCCUGACAUAUAAUGCUGCCAGUUGGCGGAGAAGGCGGCCUAUGGGCAAUUGAGAAAUGUCCAAGAAUCGUAAAAGAAAGGACGAAGUCGAGGCUGACAGGAUCUUUUCCGCUCGAUUAGGUUGUCCGUGCCGGACACUUUUUUUUCUUGUUAUGACUACAAGGAACGCUAACGUUGGUUAUUUGUGCAGUAGCGCGUAGAGCCGACACAUGUAACACGAUUCAGUUUAUCGAGGAAUAUAUACCGGAAGGGAAAGGAUUACGAUUUUUAAACACCAAGUCUCCACGUCCAAAUAAGUUUCAUUCCCAUGUUCUUGUCAGUUUUCUAGCAAAAGGUAAAAAGAAACGCAAGAAAGAAAGAAAAAUGAAGAAAAAGUUCCUAACACUACCGAAAACAGACUGAAGAAUACUUCCCUUUAUUAUUCGUCCUUUUUCUCCGGUGACGUAAAACCUUUUCUGGCUUUCAUUCAGCACUCUUUGCAAUUUGCAAGAGGAAAAGAAACAACGACGUAUUUGAAUAUGGGCAUGACGCACUCAGUGCCGUUUAUGGCUUCUGUGGCACACAUGUGUGUAGCACAGAGGGAGUUUUUAAUUAAAUGACAUUCACUAAGGCUUCUCGAUGAACGCAUAGGAACUAUUGGUCUCAUUUAUGACAAAGCGCUAUAGCUAAAAGGUAAAUAAAAACAGGCAGUUUGAGUGUAAGCCCCCAUAUAUAUAGGUUGUAACUUUAAUGACGAGGAAUAAGUAUGACGGGAGCAGACAGGCUUUAAUCUCACUGCCACAGCGCCUACCACCGCGAUCUCUACGUAACAGUCUUCUUGUUUUAUAUUGAUAGUCUAAAUGCUCAGAUCACCACAUAAAUGUUAUCUGUAAUUGAAAUUUCGAGACGAAGGAAAUACGGAUGGCAAUAAAGCUAGUCGCUAGUGGUAAACCUUUUCGACACCGUAAAUACAACAGACGUCCUUCGCAGACACAAGGAGUUGAAAAUCACAUGGCUACUUUAUGCUUGUGUCAGUUAUGCUGCAGAAUGCGCAACAAGGAUCAGCACUUCUGUUAUAAGGCUAUCAACCGCGUGGAGACACGGCGCUACAGCUUUUCCUCCACUCAUCGAGAGGUGUACAAUUGCAUACUGUUUCAAGUGCGAGAAUGGUCGGGUAUACCCAACAGUUCUCGCACGUGAAACACAAACUUCCGGGUUUGUGUUCGCGUAAGAUAUAUCCGUAUAAGGGUAAAUCUUACGUAAAUUACAGUGACUUGCACUUCAAGGACCCAUGAAUGCGAGAGUAACAUUUGGCUUCGCAAAUAUGCUGUUCGCAAAGUGCGUGUGAGCCACUCACUAUGCCCAUAUACCUAUACAAAAAAACAUCGAAGGCAUUAAAGUAGAUGAGAGAAUAAUCAAAUUAUCUAAUGUUACUGCGAGAAACGUUCUAAAGUACAGGCUGCACUUGUUCAAAGUCGGAUAACUCUGUCAAUGGAUCCAUGCAUUACGUUCGGGAAAUUUGUGCACACUUCUGUUGAUGUUCGUUUUGAGCGUGGCCUCUUUUUCACGUAUAUGUCGCAUCUUCCGUUCACAGAAGAGCAUUUGUGUGUGAUGUCGUUGUUCUAUGGAAUAUUUUACAAGACAAAAAAAAAGAUCAUUUAAUAUUUAGAAGGCCUGAAAAGCAAGUGAUGGAGUAGAAAUGUCUCUGUGCCAUAUACUUACCGGAGCCUUAAACAGCAAGCUGCCAGUGCUGAUAAGCUCCAGCGAGUUGUCAUUUCAAGUGCGUGUGCGUGUGUCAUGAGGGCGGAUGCGAGAAGUUUUGAUACAGCGAAAACUGUUGCGCUUUACAAAUGCGUACGCUUCUUGUUAUUCAUGCAGUCUCAGGAGGCGUGAACUGUAUAGGUAUGCAGGUGCGAGUGCGUGCUGUGUUUGUGUUGUUUCAGUGAUCCCUACGAGCCGGAAAGGACGCUUUUAGUGGCACAACAUUAAAAAGACGUUUGACACUGUGUUUUUUGUUCAAGUGUCGUCUUCUGAGUUUACAUGUGUUGCAAGUUGAGAGAGAAAACUUUGGUUAUCGCCGAAAAAAAAAAAAAAAAAAGCCGUAGCAACGUAUGGUGUCGAUGUCGCAGCUAAUAUCUAAUACAAAGCUACGGCUUACGACUGAAGUAGGUAACUUUUUGUAUGAUGAUAAAUAAACGUGCGUUGUCUAAUCGUG